CACGGCCCGGGCCAGUACAAGCCGGCAGGCGAUCCGGACCAGUUCGUGUUUUCCCGUCGUACCGCGAAUCGCCGUGGCCCGUCGUGGUCGUCAAUCGUCACUCGUCGUCGUCGUCGUCGUAGUUACUAGUUAUUGCGCCGCUGCGACAGCGUCGUCAUCGCCGCGAAACGAUAUUGUCAUAUCAUUUACACGUAAAUAAUCGCAUCACGCCGCCAACGAUAUUACUUUUGCUAUUUUGUAUUUUAUUUCGCGUUCGCCAAUCGUAUGUUUUGAUUUUUUUUUCCGAGUUUUUGGUGAUUUUUCGUCGAAUAGUUAAGACCGUUUUUUUAUCUUUAAACUCUUUCCUGUGCGCCAUGAAAACCAGACGGUGACACUGAAAAAAGCCGAGAGCGACCGAAAAGUAUAUUUCGGCAGAUUUCCAUUGGAUAUGCUGCUCGCCUACUCGUCGAUUUAAAAUUAUAAACAUGAACCAACAGUGCAAAGUUUGCGGGGAACCAGCCGCCGGUUUCCACUUCGGAGCUUUUACUUGCGAAGGCUGCAAAUCGUUUUUCGGACGGACCUACAACAACCUGAGUUCGAUAUCGGAAUGCAAGAACAACGGCGAGUGCGUGAUCAACAAGAAGAACAGGACGUCAUGCAAGGCGUGCAGGCUGCGCAAAUGUCUGUUGGUGGGCAUGUCUAAGAGCGGAUCGCGGUACGGCCGCCGGUCCAACUGGUUCAAGAUACACUGUCUGUUACAAGACCAAAACGCGGCUGCUGCAGCUGCGGCCGUCGGCCACCAUCCACCACACCAUCACCACCAGCACCACAACGGCAGCAGUCGGUCGUCACCGCACCACCAACAGCAGCAGCCGCCUCACCACCAGUCGCAACCGUCGCCGUUCGGUUCGCCUCUGUAUCCAGCCGGUCUGGUGCACCCCGGCCACCAUUUCCUGGCCACCGACAAGUUCCUGCAAGCCCGACUCAACGGUUACGGGGCCGCCGCUGCUCUGAUGACCGCUGCCGUCCAGGACGACGCGUCCUGCCGGCGCCAGGCAGCCGCCGAUGCGAUCAUCAGUGGGCAUCACCAACACCAUCACCGUAACCGCCAUCAUCACAACAACAACAACAACAACAACAGCAUUGACCGACGGCAUCGUCAUCGUUACGACGACGAAGACGAUGACGACGACGAUUGCGGUGGCCGCCGUCGCCGUGACGGUGAUGAUGAUGACGAUGAUGACGACAACGGCGAGCGUAACGACAACAACAACGGCGGUGACGACCAUUCGCCAAAGGGUGGACACCGUCGCCGGCGCCGGCCGUCUGCCUCCGACGAUUCGGGCGGCUCGUCUAUGCCCGACGACGAGGACAACCGCGGCAAUAGUCGCCGCAAGACCGCCAGUCCUGUGCUCCGGCACCACCACCGCAGCCCGUCCUGCACCACCGGUGGUACACCGCCCGCGUUCCGUCAGCUGUCAUCGUCGCCUUCCGCGUCGUCCACCGGUUCAGGGGACGUCAAACGCAUCCGGCUGUCCGUCAGUCCGUCGUCGGCCACCGUCGGCUUGUCGCCCAUCUCCGGUUUCCACUCGCCUUACUACCCGCUGUCCGUCACCCGACCCGGACUGACGCCGUUUGUGGGCGGCGGCCUCACGCUGUCCAUGGCGGCGGCCGGCUGGCACGCGGCCGUGGCCGCUGGGCGCACGGCCGCCGGUGGCGAUCUGUUACUAUCCAGCCCGGCUCCGGGCGGCGUGGCCGUCGAACAGGAAUACCCCAUCGACCUGUCACUGAAGACUACGGCCGCCAAGUACAACAGGUCGCCGCUGCCGCACGCGCCCCAAUCUGCCGGCGGCCGGCACUCGGCCACCGACGACCCGGAGACCGCUAUCACGGCCACCGCGCUGCCGCCUUCGCCGUUGGACCUCACCAAACGGACGGCUGAAGUUUAGUUCGACUGACCACCCCACCUGCAGCAGACGACAGCCCGCGGUAUCGCUCCGGAGAGGAGAAACCUUGCUACUACUACCUAUUCCACUACUACUACUACUACUACUACUACUACUACUACUACUAUUACUACCACCUAUACCACUACCACGUUGUACCGUACGAGUUGUGUACACUCACGUAUUCGUCGUCGUGUCAAAAAGUCGGAAGAAAUUUUUUUUGCUGAAUUUUUUAUCUUUUUUUCGGCAUCGUCCUAGUCAUUGUAUACAGAAAAAAAAACGAUCGUUCUCAAUUUCGUACACAGAGGUGUACCUAUAUUAAUUGAACAACGCGACCCGAAUGAUGCGGUGUGUCAUGUGCGCACGCGCACUUAGGCGCGCAUUAAUAUCUCCCGGUGAAGGGUUGGGAGGGGACUGGGGGGUAGAAGAGCACGCGUACCUCGGUCGUCGUAGGUAUAAUACAUAUUAUUAUUAUACCGGUUAUACGGUUACUAUAUAAUAUGACGUGGUGCGGUGUGCGUGUUUACAUUGCGGUAACCCCGUUGUCCAUUUCGGGCUUAGAAGACGAAAACAAAACGGAAAAAAAAUAGGUACUGCAGUGGGCACAUCACAGUGUCAAAGACAAUAGGAGUUUGUCACACUCAGUAACAAUGCCGGUGGGCGGCUGUCUUCGCGACAGCGCAUAUUGUGCAUAUUAUAAUACACAUAUAAUACACGUGUGUACACCCUAGGCCCACACCCGUAAUUUAUUACCCGUAUUUUCAUGUUACAUAUUAUAAUACACGUGUGGUCAACAAAGCAGUAAUUUAUUUUUUUAAGACGGAAUAAGACAAACUGCAUACAUUAUUUUAUUAUUAUUAUCAUCAUUAUUAUUAUUUUUUUUUUUAUUAUUAUUAUUAAUAUUAUUAUCAUUAUUAUUAUUAUUAGAUACGUCAUGUUGUACAUACAUACGUUAGAUAAAGCCGAUUUUA